CGCUGAACCACGGGGACGGCCACACUCUCACUUUCGCCGGCACCGACGACGGUCGGCGGGUCGACCGACUCACCAGUGUGUCACACAGUGCGAGACGUCGCGACUAGAGGGACAUUCGGAUUACUCGAGUUUAUCGCAGUACACAUCAUUCGCGCCUCGCGAUCCCGACAGGGUGAAACGUCAUUCGGGGAAAAUAACUUUGUGAGCUCUCGUGCGUUCGUAUUGGACGGUAGGAUUUUUUCGAAAUUUUUUUUUCUCACGAGUUUUCAAUCUUUUUUUUUUUUCUUUUUUUUCCGAAGGUUGCGGAGCAUGAUCGACGGACUGUUCGGUCAGUGGAUCGCGUUUGGAUGUGCAGGAUAUGGCUUGCAGGAGUCAUUCGUGGAGAGUGUGAUAUCUUUUGGCCUUAGCGGGAAAGAUACGCUCGAACGAUUGUGUUUUGUCGGACUGUGCUGUCGCUGCUGUGCUCGUUCGGGAAUUUUGACUUUUUUCAGUGACGCGAGUCUCUUUACUUCCGUCUCUCGUUACGUUUACACCUGAUCGCAUCGCGUCGAUAUUGUCAAUCGGAGAUUUUCAAUGGACACUCUCGGCGGUUACCCUCGGACGCGCAAGUACAAAAUACCCUUCAGAGGGGAUUUUGAGGUGUACGCGACUGCUAUUCGUAAUCGGGCGAUUAAGGAUUUUUGUUUGUUGUCAAGCUUAACGCUACUUGUGGAGCCGACGCAAUAAACCCAUUGUCAUACGUGUGUGAUUCUACAGUGAAUUUGAGUAACUUACUCCGUGUGUUAUCUGUGCCUUCGGAGUAACAGUGCUUUUCGCUAUAAGCGUAGCGCCUCUUGUGUAUCGAUAAUCGUGUACACGACAGUGAUUGGUUUUCCCAAUUUUCUAGAGGAUUAUUUGAGACCGCAAGUGCGUUACCCACGUGUCUUACAACAUUGACCUUAUCGAGAGAGAGAGAGAAAGAGUGAGUUUAUCGCGGAGCGGUCAAAGUUCGUGAACGUCGUAGGUGGAGGAUCCAUGUGCGAGGAUAGGAAAUCUUCAUAAGGAAGUGGAGGUUGUGGCCAGUGGUGCCAUCCCCCCUCCUCUCCCCCCUACGGGAACAAUUUCGAAAAUCAUUGGAAAAGUGACCCGCGCGCGGGUUAAUCGUGCAAAGGUGGCUCACACGGCUAGAGACAGGGCUGCGGAAUUGCAGGCCGAGGUGAGGAGCGCCAUAAGGGUUCUCCAUGGAUGGUGCCCGAGACCGCCGCAGCCCCCGGGUCACGGACGCGGUGACACGGUCCUGAUGGCACCGCAGACGCAAAUGCGCGGGGUACACGCGCACAGGGGUGGCCCACCUCAGCCGCCCCCCUCGGUAGUGGUUAGCUCGACUUCCAGCAUGAGGCCACCCCCGCCGCCGCCGCCACCCAGGGCAAGGGCCUCGGCCGAAGGCAAAGGUCACCACGAGGAACCGACCAGCUCCAUACCUGAUCUCGAAUUCGACGGCACCACCGUUCUCUGUCGCGUCUGCGGCGAUAAGGCGUCUGGCUUUCAUUAUGGCGUUCAUUCUUGCGAGGGAUGCAAGGGUUUCUUCCGGAGGAGUAUUCAGCAAAAGAUACAGUAUCGGCCCUGCACCAAGAAUCAACAGUGCAGCAUUCUGCGCAUCAACAGGAAUCGCUGCCAGUACUGCCGCCUCAAGAAGUGCAUCGCUGUCGGCAUGAGUCGAGACGCGGUUCGAUUCGGCCGCGUGCCCAAACGUGAAAAAGCACGAAUUCUCGCUGCCAUGCAGCAGAGCUCCCACAGUCGUUCCCAGGAGAAGGCCGUUGCGGCCGAACUCGAGGACGAGCAACGACUCCUGGCUACCGUGGUGCGCGCACAUCUAGACACUUGCGACUUCACCAGGGACAAGGUCGCACCGGUUCUUGCCAGGGCUCGGGAGACACCGAACUACACUGCGUGUCCGCCAACUUUGGCGUGUCCCUUAAAUCCAAACCCCCAACCUCUGACCGGUCAGCAGGAGCUCCUACAGGACUUCUCGAAGCGGUUCUCGCCGGCGAUCCGCGGCGUCGUCGAGUUUGCCAAGAGAAUUCCUGGCUUCAGCCUGCUGGCUCAGGACGACCAGGUUACGCUACUGAAAGCUGGGGUCUUUGAGGUCCUGCUCGUGAGGCUGGCCUGCAUGUUCGACGCUCAGACCAACAGUAUGAUAUGCCUGAACGGCCAGGUGCUGAAACGCGAGUCCAUCCACAAUAGCAGCAACGCGCGCUUCCUCAUGGACUCCAUGUUCGACUUCGCCGAGAGGGUCAACUCCCUGAGACUCUCCGACGCCGAAUUGGGCCUCUUCUGUUCCGUCGUCGUGAUAGCUGCGGACAGACCCGGUCUACGUAACACCGAACUCGUCGAGAGGAUGCACAACAAAUUGAGGAACGCUCUGCAGACCGUUCUCGCCCAGAAUCAUCCUCAGCAUCCGGACAUCCUACGAGAGUUGCUCAAGAAGAUACCUGAUCUCAGGACGCUGAAUACCCUCCACUCGGAGAAGUUGCUGGCCUUCAAGAUGACCGAACAGCAGCAACAACUCCAGGCUCAACAGGCACAACACGCGUCCUCCCAGCCCCAGGGCCACUGGCCCAUGGAAGAGGAGCAAGCCGCUUCCUGGGGAUCGGCCUCGGACGUGACCCUCGACGAAGCCGUCAAGAGUCCUCUGGGUAGCGUCUCCAGCACGGAGAGCACGUGCAGCGGCGAAGUGGCCUCCCUCACGGAGUACCAUCACGCUGCCGCACCGGCUGGUCAUCAUGCAUCCAGCGCGCCCCUCCUAGCCGCCACUCUGGCCGGCGGUCUCUGCCCGCACAGAAGACGAGCCAAUUCCGGGUCCACGAGUUCCGGCGACGACGAGCUGCAUCGCGCCAGUCUCGCGAAGACGCCGCAGCCGCCCCAGUGCCCGCGUUUCCGUAAGCUGGACUCGCCCAGCGACAGCGGCAUCGAGAGCGGCACCGAGAAGCCCGACAAACCGGCCAGCAGCAGUGCCAGCAGCGCGCCCACGUCCGUCUGCUCGAGUCCGCGAUCCGAAGACAAGGAAGUCGAGGACAUGCCCGUUCUGAAGCGCGUACUUCAGGCGCCGCCGCUCUACGACACGAAUUCCUUGAUGGACGAGGCCUACAAGCCGCACAAGAAGUUCCGGGCUCUCAGGCAGAAGGACAGCGCCGAGGCUGAGCCGGCCGUCAUCCAGCAGCACAGCACCCAGUCCCAGUUGCACCUUCACCUGACCUCACCUCCGACCAGAAGUCCAUCGAGUCAGCCGAUCGCGGUUUCACAGUGUCCGCAAACCGGAAGUCUGCUCAGCAGCACCCACUCGACCCUCGCCAAGAGCCUGAUGGAAGGGCCCAGGAUGACGGCGGAGCAGCUCAAGCGAACGGACAUAAUUCACAACUACAUAAUGCGUGGCGAGGCUAGUCCAAGGUCACCGACUGCGUCCCCGUCUCCCGCGGAACAGUGCGCAUCGACGACGACGGUCGCGGCCCGCUCCCCGCAAGGAUCUCAGGGUCUGUUGCAGUGCGCUACCAGUGGGUACGGCGCCGCGACGGCCAGGUGGCCGGCCACCUCCGUCAUAACGACGACGACGGGUGCGCGUCAGCAACAGCAUCAUCAUCAGCAUCAGCAGCAGCAGCAUCAGCAGCAGCAACGUGAACAGUCUUCCUCGGAGUACAUGGCGCCAGGGAGUUCGCCGGCCUCGUCGCCGAGGUAUCUUUCCGCAGCGGCCACGAGUAGUACGGCCAGCACGAGUCCCAGACCCACCUCGAGCACCGCUGCUACCCUAGUGCUAUCCGGGUGUCCCAGUAACAUGAUGGAACUCCAGGUGGACAUUGCAGACAGUCAGCAACCGCUGAAUCUCUCGAAGAAGUCGCCGUCGCCGUCGCCGAGGCCUCUGGUGGGACCGUGCAAGGCCCUGUCGCUCGAGGCGUAGUGCUUACGUGUACGCAAGACACUCGUGACAAAUACCCACCUUACGUAGCGUCGCGACGUCCCUCGCGACGCCCUUUCCGCUAAGUUAUUCUCCCUCGGGAAAUACCUCAAGAGACAUUACAUCUCGCGAGAGUCGCUCGAUAAUGAUUUUCGGGACUCUUUUGAUGUCUCGUUGUUUUUCCUUUUUAAACGAAAACAAAAAGAAAAGAAAAAAAAAUAAAAAAUUAUUGCUCCAAAGUCGAGGGAGAAUGAGACACAUGAGACUCGUGGCGCGUUGGGACGACGGCGCGACGCGAUACAAAAGAUUUAAAAGUGCCAGGACGCUCUGAGCGCGUGACAAACCAAAUAAUUUAUUAUUUAAACUAAUAAUGGUUAAUCGACUGCGAAAGCUGACGAAAAUGGCGAAGGAGGAUUGGAAAGGAGGGAUUUUAACGUGGAGGGAAACAAGAAACUAUUACACUCUGACACUCCCACGUUUUCACUUUUUCCAUCAAUUUUACCUAUAUCAUUGGACGUUUUAACGUAGUGCCGACUUUCGUGGGAUUCGUGAGUACUCUUAUAUAUCUCGAGUCUUUUGUUAUUC